AUGUCUAUUUUUAACGCGCAGCAGUUUUUAAGUGCAUUGUAUAAACGUUAUAUAAUUUCACUGCCAGCGGUAAACUUAUCUAGAACUCAAAAAAUUUUUAUUAUUUGUCUUACUGGAGGAUCAUUACUAUUAGGCGGAUUGGCACAGUUUUUAAAAAGACGAAGAAGACAUCCUCUUCCUUCUUCAAGAAGACCUCUGAGAGAAUUAAAACAGAGAUAUGCAGCUGCAAAGAGUUCCAAUUUUGAUGCAUUAUCACAAGUAUCAUUGGCAAGAAAAAGUGAAGCCAGCAGUAGGAGUCAUAUAAGUGAUCGAGCAUCACUUAUAUCCUCUGUUCCAGGAGGUCCAGAUGGUGAUGUAAGACUUACUCCACAACAGUAUGGGGUCCUUGGAUUGGAGGCCCUGGAAAAGGCUCUCUAUUGCUGGGAGGAUGCUCUUACGGCGUUCAGCUCUUCACUCAGUAAUGAUGCGCUCGCGUUACCGUCCAAGGCGGAUGCGGCAUUUACGCACGAUGUCCAAGAACUCCUUGACAUGGGUUAUCAAAUCCAGAGCCAUGCAGAGCUCCUCUUUAUCGACCAGCACUCAGUGUUAUUCCGUAACGAAGACGAGGAAAGUAUAGAUAGUCAUAAGCCUUCGAAUAUAGGUACCCGGAUAUCCGACAAAGAUAAAGCAGAUGCCGCAUCAUCUCCGGAAUCUUUCGCAUCUGCCCGAGAUGGAGUAGCAGAUUUACGGGAAUUUGAGGAAUUUUCGGAAUUUUUUCCGCAUUUUGAAAAACAAAAACUCUAUCAUACUGCACUCAAGCAACACGAAGAUAAAGGUAUUCCUUGCAGACGAGUGCAUACAGAGCUAGUAAAAUGUGGCUCAGAUGUUGAAUAUUUAGCAAAAGUGCAUUGCCUGCGGCAAGCAUACACAAAAUUGUUCACUAUACCCUCUGCAACAGAGUGGAUUGCGGACAUAGGCCGACAACUUAUUAGUGAUUUGAUCAUGUAUGCAGACAGGGAUCCUAAGGAUUAUUUAAUACAUUAUGAACGAAUGUUGGAGUUCCUGCAAGGGCCAAACAAUCAUAGUAUUAUGGAAGAGGAAUUAACUGGUAGAGGUGUAAAAUGUAUGAACUUCUACGACGUUCUGAUUGAUUUCAUUCUGUUAGACGCUUUCGAAGAAGUCGAAAAACCGCCCUCGUCAAUUAAAGCUAUUUUACAGAAUAGAUGGAUAUCCGCUAGUUUCCGUGAAACUGCGAUUGGAACUGCAGUCUGGUCAGUUCUUGUAGGUAAAAGACAAAUGUUAAAGUAUGACAAAGGAUUUUUGGCACAUUUUUACUCAAUUUCUGAACAAAUCUCUCCAGUACUUGUGUGGGGCUUCUUAGGUCCAGAAGGAAGCCUACAUUCUACCUGCCACUACUUCAGAGAUCAAGUAAUUGAAUUCCUUGUAGAUAUAUUUAAUUUCUUUAAAGUAAGAUAUACUAACGUUGAUAACCUCGCUGAAGAUGUACUCAGGGAAAUGAAAAUUAGAGUUGAAAAUAUAAAUCAAAGACUUUCCUUAGAAGGUUGUUAA